UGUUUAUUCGUUAUUACUCGCCUUCAUACCAAUAAUUCUAUUGGAAAUUAGUUUAUAGGUAUUGAUCUUGGCGUGUACUCAAGGUGGUGGUCAUCAAGGAGUGAUAGAGGCGAAAUUUUGGGCAGAGAAGUAACAGGACAGCUGCAGUUGAAAUGACACGUUCGACUGCCAAGGCCACGGUAAUGAUGUCCAUUGGUCUGAUACAGGUCAUCUUGGUCUUAUGUUUCAUAAAACCAUGCGAGAGUGACGUUUGCAGCCAAAAAAUUUGUCAAUGUACCAAGUUCGGUAGAAGUCGGGUAAAAGUAAAAUGUCAAGUUCACGGAAACGUUCCGACUGGAAUCCCAAGCAAUACAGUGGAACUGGAUCUUUCAAGUAGUUCCUUGAGCUCGAUUACAGAAGACGUCUUUAGGAACCUGACUGUUUUAGAGAAAUUGGACUUGUCAAAUAAUUUACUGCGACAAAUUCCUCUAAACACUUUCCGAAAUAUGAAGGAACUGGAGAUAAUGUAA